AUGACAGCUACAGAUGUGAAGGACGUGAAAUAUGUGAUAAAUUAUGAUUUCCCGGGUUCCUUGGAAGAUUAUGUUCAUAGGAUUGGGAGAACAGGAAGAGUCGGGGCUAAAGGGACAGCAUACACUUUCUUUACAGCAACAAAUGCUCGGUUUGCUAAGGAACUUAUUGCCAUACUUCAGGAGGCCGGUCAGAAAGUCAACCCUGAUUUAGCGGCAAUAGGGCGAGGUGCACCUCCUCCACCCUCAGGUCAUGGGGUUUUCGUGACGGAUGAGAAGGGUGUGACAGAUGUAUUAAUUUUGAAUUUGUUUCCUUCCUUUGAACUUUCUUCUGCAGCUUAUUCCAUGUGGCGGUGGACAAUACUGAGACAACUUGAUGUAUAUCGAAUAGGUACUUUGAUGGAAGUUGUUCGUGUUCUUGCUCUAUCAUUUUCAAAUGAUGGAAAAUGUGUUAAGGUUUUUGUUCAAGGAUCCAGGGGAGAAGGAGCACUUGCAGGAAUGCCAUUACAGCUAGCUUGCAGGAACAAGAAAGAUUUUGGAGUACAUGGACUAGGAUCCCAAAUUGGUAUGGCAUUUUGGAUCCCCUUCAAAGGUGUCUCAAGACUAAGCUUAGAGCAAUGGUUGCAAGAGAUGAGUUCAAAAGAAGAAGAAACAAGGCUACAACUAUAG